CUGAGCAGCAGAAGGCCACGGAGAAAGAGAGAGAAAGAGAUUUCUUUUCAGUGCUGAUGGGUGAGAAUGAACAUGGCUCUAAGCAUGGAAUAAAUGAUGAAAGGAUGAAGUGAAAAUUGCGAUAUUGAAGUAUUAGCAGAAAGACUAUUUUCAGUAAAAAUAUAGCUGUGCUUAUGUGAUGAGAAGUUGUGAACUGAAAAUUGAGAACUGAGAAGACAGCUGGUCGAUGUUAGUGGGUGUCUACAGUUGGAAAUUCCCAAGCCUAUCGACACCGAACAUCAAUGAGGCCUCAAGUAAGGGUAUCACUGCUUCACUGCACAGGAAUGUCCUGUCAUGGGGUGUGUGGUGGGGGCAAGAGGAGAAGGAGAGUGUGCCUCUUCGAGCAAUAACACACUCAGACUGCAGAUAGCGGAUCUUACAGUGGAGUUUCCAACCUGUUCAAGGCUGCAAGUUUCCCAGAUGAGGUGGGAAGAAGUCUAAAGUCAGCAUUUUCUCUCAUCACCAUCGCAGCCCAGAGGAUUUUGCCAUCACUUUCCACCCCACAGGACCCUGUGUAUCCAUUCACUCCAACACAACCUGUGAAGGUAUCAAUUCCACCAAAACUACCAGAAACCUUUGGAGAAAGAGCCUCAUCCAUACCGAGCACAAUGAGAGUCUCAAACUGCCAACCGGACGUGUGCAGACAGAAUCCUACCAUCGUGACGCCAAAUGAGUUCAGACAGGCCUACUCACCAGCUGAUGGAUUGGCAAUGAAGGAUCAAGGAAAGAGGAAAGUACAACUUGUACAAUGCAGACUGAGCUACACAGAGAGCGACAGGAAGCAGGAAGAGUUAGGUGGCACAUUAACAAACCUAUCCUCACAACCCUUCUUCCGGUCUUGUGUCCAUGUUGAAUUGCCACUGAGGUCCACUAGCUCUGUUGUGUUUUUGGACAAGUCACUUUCCAUUUCCCUUGUGGAACUAGAGGAAAGAAGAGCAGGUCAACCAAUCUUGUACAGGUCCACCGUGUCUGUUCGCCUUGGUGUCUCAUCCUGCUGCAGAUCCUCUACAGAUAACAAACCAGCCAAAAGUAACAGCGGCUACAUGAGUCCCAGAGCAGCCAUGUUGGGCCAAAACAAACGCAAUGGCCGUGAGAGUGGUUUGGGUCACUGCAGAAGCCCUCAAUCAAAGCCCAGGGACCACAAGGCCGAGCAAAUAGCACCCGCUCAUGGUGUUAACAGCAAGGCUGAUGAUUCAGACACGCAGCGCCAUAGUACUACUUUGGGAUUAUUGUCAUUCAGAGGGCCAAGCCCCUCAAACACAAAGGCUGGCAGGCAGAAGGGGAAUGCAGAUGAGGCAGCCUUCCCUAUCACUAGCAAGUUCAGGCACAGGCAGCACACUUCCAAUAUUGCCCCAGUGCCUGAAGGGCAAGAAAUACCCUGUAGCAACAGCUUGUCCGGCGGCAUUACACAUUUGUGUGUGCUUCCUGAAGCAUGUGAUGAUGACGCUCUACCUACAUGCCACUUGUUCAUGGCAGGAAAUUCAGUGGAGUUAUUUAUUUCACAAAAGGUAAAGGAAUGGGGUUUUGAGUGAAGGAUGGAUGCACAUGUCAUCUUUGCAUUAUUCAUAGGCCACAUUAAUGUUUCCAUCCGUGUUUUUUCUCUAUGAGUUGUGGGGGUAGUGUGUGUGUGUGUGUGUGUGUGUGUGUGUGUGUG